AUGGCUGUUGGUAAGAACAAGAGAUUGUCCAAGGGUAAGAAAGGAUUGAAGAAGAAGGCCGUCGACCCUUUCACCAGAAAGGAAUGGUUCGACAUCAAGGCUCCAUCCACCUUCGAGAACAGAAACGUUGGUAAGACCUUGAUUAACAAGUCUACUGGUUUGAAGAACGCCGCCGAUGGCUUGAAGGGCCGUGUCGUCGAGGUCUGCUUGGCCGACUUGCAGGGCUCCGAGGACCACUCUUACAGAAAGAUCAAGUUGAGAGUCGACGAGGUCCAAGGUAAGAACUUGUUGACCAACUUCCACGGUUUGGACUUCACCUCCGACAAGUUGAGAUCUUUGGUUAGAAAGUGGCAAUCUUUGGUUGAGGCCAACGUUACCGUCAAGACCGCUGACGACUACGUGUUGAGAGUGUUUGCUAUUGCUUUCACCAAGAGACAGGCUAACCAGGUCAAGAAGACCACCUACGCUCAGUCCUCCAAGUUGAGAGAGGUGAGAAAGAAGAUGAUUGAGAUCAUGCAGAGAGAGGUUUCCAACGUUACCUUGGCUCAGUUGGUUUCUAAGUUGAUCCCAGAGGUGAUUGGCCGUGAGAUUGAGAAGUCCACCCAGUCUAUCUUGCCAUUGCAGAACAUCCACAUCAGAAAGGUGAAGUUGUUGAAGCAGCCAAAGUUCGACUUGGGCUCUUUGUUGGCUUUGCACGGUGAGGGUUCCACCGAGGAGAAGGGUAAGAAGGUUUCUUCCGGUUUCAAGGACGUUGUCUUGGAAUCCGUCUAA